GGAAGAAAGACAACAAACAGAUACAAAUAUUGACUAUCACCAGCGAGACCAACAAUUGAAGCCUUCUUUCUACAACCACCAAGUACGACCAUCGAACAACACCAAGAAACCUAUUCGCAGAUCUAUGGUUCGUCAAACUAACCGCAAGCUGGCAGCAUCGAAGAUGCGAUCAAGCACUCCGAUGUGUUCUGUCACCACCAUCAAGCAAUCCGCAGGCUCAUCUUCGGGCCUCAAACACCAGCACUUAAAGGAAGAACAUCUCAAGCGGCAACGGAGGCGGAGGCGGCUCGUUCCCAAGGUCCAAAAGGCAAGGCGUGAACGCUGGGCUCAAGCUGCUCAUGAAACACAACGAAUUGUUCUUGGGGAUGGCAAGUACGUCGAAGAGAAACUUUCUUCUACUCCUGUUUCAUGUUUCAUACCCCCUACCCAUGUCUCUUAUCCUGAUAACGCCUCACCACAAGUAAACCCUUCUCAUUCUCAUGGACAGCACACCAUGACCACAAAGCAUGUCACGCAUGACAUAUCAUUACAAAUCAUUUUGAGCAAGCAGGGAACAACGUUCUUCCCUCAUUUUUUGGCUGACUGGUGCAAGCCUCCUGCAGUCCCUCCUGCCCGAACCAAGUCAACGAGUUUUUCGUUCGUUUCUGGCUCUACGCUCACGGCUGCUCGGCAACUACACGAGCGGCGACCAGAUCUUACUCGUAGCUCGCCGUAUUCGCUCUCCACUACCUCGAUUGGAGUCCUUUCCUUCGCUUCACCCAAACGUCCCGGUGGAGGCUAUCUGCACGGCGGUAAUGAGCAAGAAGAGACUCUCGCUAGGUCUUCAUCGCUUGUAGCUAGUCUUUUGGCCGAUCAAGCCAAGGAGUUCUACACCACCCACAAGAAAUUUCUUAGUGUCGAUGGGGCUGGUGUUGUUGCCUUUCGUCAAGAUGAUAGUGAUAACGCAUCCCCACUCACGACUGUGUCGUCAAAUGACUUCAUCCCCCCUUAUCUUAUUAAUGUUCUCUCAGCUGUGCCUGUCAACGCAGCUGCAAUACGUCAAAACUACACCAUUACUGCAUCAACUGCUCAUAUCUUUAUGGACGGCAUACGUGACAAGAUGCGGGACCGCAUGGGAAGGGCGCUUCGCAUCUUUGAGGCACGCGGUGACCGAGCUCUUGUCCUCGGUGCGUUCGGGUGCGGUUCUAGCGAGAACAAAGUUGAAAUGGUCGCGGAGAUCUGGGCAGACCUCCUUGUACACGGGGAAAGCGAAGAGAAUCGUGAAGAUGGAAAGACGACUGUCCCACGUGCGGCGUUCAAAGACUCGUUUGAAGAAGUUGUGUUUGCUGUUCCCGGUAAAUUAUUUGAACCAUUCAAGAAGGCAUUUGAUAUGAGAGUUUUUGAAGCUGAGGUAUCUCGGGCAGUUAGUGAGUAG